UAGUGUCUGGUUUUGACAUGUCUUGACAUGUGUCAAGAGGCCCAGAUGGCUAUAUCCGGUAAUUUUUCAAAAUAAAACCUUUUUCAGACUAUUUUUUAUUUAUUCUUUCUGUGCAGGCCAGGAGCAAAUGACCCAUGGACCGUUACUGGUCUGUGGCUCGUUGGUUGGAGACCGCUGGACAACCAUGUGUUGUACGCCAAGUCAGUGAAAGUGAACACGAGGAGGUCACCUGAGACUAUGUGUACAUGUGUGUGUUGUUAGGGGCCGCGUCAUCAUCACCUUGACGACUGAGGUGUAGCUGACCAUGAAGUGGAAGAAUCCGGGCCUCACAAGGUCUUGCCAUUGUUCAGAGAUCAGGGUCAGCCCGUGAUGAUCUUUUGCAGUUUGUUGAGAUGGACACCUUCAGCAGCAAGUUACAGCAGAAGGCUCUGCAGCAACCUAAGCAGAAGAAAUCCAAGUCGGCUGAAUUUCUGAUGGGGAGAGAGGAGAGAGCUGCUCUGGAAGGCAUAGAAAACCCAGCCUUCGAUGGAGGAGGAAGCACCGAGCUUUCCGAUCCUCCGGUUUGGCUUGAGAGAGAAAUUCGAGGUGACAGCCCAGAUAGCACCCUUGCAGCUCACCAAAAAAAAAUGGAGCUGCAAGCCUCUUCCAAAGAAAGAGGAAAUAAACGUGCCCAAAAUUACUUUGACCCGUUGUCGGCAGAGCAGACAGACCCAAGGCAUUGCGGGAUGGCUGGGGUCAGCACUGAAGAUGAGCUGGAAUUAACGAUAUUGGAUGCUGAUGAAAACAGGCUGUAUCAAAGAAUGGCUGCAUUGCUGGAUGAGGAGGAUACCUUCAUGAAUUUACCUGGUACGCUGCUAGCCUCCAGGGAUGAGGAGGUGUUGGAGGUGAAGGCGGGUGAUCCGGUGCUUCAGCGGCGACUGCUGCUCCACGGUGGUGGUGAUGCCUCGGGCUCCGGGCCCUCCCAGGCCCAUACCAUUGCCAAAACCCAGGCUGGGGCUAGUGCUGGGCUGGGAGAGGAGGCUGGACUCGAAGCAGGGAGGAUGGUAAUGGGCACAGAGAGCACUGUAAAAAUGAGCCCGGCUAAGGAGGCGAUCCCCCACUACGCCCAGCAGCUGAGGGAGCGUGUGCGGCCUGACAUGAUCACGCUUGGCAGCCUUUCACUGCAGCAGCAAGCGGCUCAGAAGGGACCACUGAAGAGGAGUGAGUGGGCAAAGAGAAAGAAGAAACUAAUGGCCUUCUUCACUGGGAAUGUUAAGGAGCCUGAUUCACCAAGUGACGAGGCAGUAACAGAAGUACCACAACCCCAGCAGAACAUGCCGUUACAGUGCAGCACAACCACUGAAAGCCCGUCACUCAGAGCGUUGGGGGAAGGCCAAGAGGAAGCGAUGGCCAAAUACGGCCAGAUGACAGAGCUCCCAGAAUCCUCUUCUUCAGCAUCACGGCCCCCGUGUCAGGUGAACCAGAGCACACCUCCUCAGCCUGUGCAGGUGUGUGUGUGUUGCCUAAGAGCCACCAGAAACAAGCUGCCCAGGGGCCUCUACACUGUCAGUGUGGCCCUUCACACCCGUUUAGGUGGGCCAGCUCUGGCCUGGUGUGGCGAGAAAGAGCAGCAACAAUGGGCGGUGUCCACUGAGCCGAUCGAGCAUCGGGGCUGCUUCUACGACUUCGACCUGCACAUUAACCAGAGCCUGUUCAUGAUCUUACCUGCAGCCUGUGAGGUCGUCCCCUCCAUGGUCCUGGUAUUCCAACUGAUGGCACUACCAGGACACAGCAGCCACAUCAGCUCUGUACUGGCAUGGGGGGCAUUUCCUGUUUGUGGACCGAGCCUCUGCUACAUCCAGGGCAGGUUCAAAACCCCUCUGCUCAGGGGGGAGCCAAACUCACAACUGGACCAGUUUAAAAAAAUUGAAGCCCACAUCUCCUCUGAUCUCGACCACUGGCUGUGCAACCUGUACUUUCAGGUUCAGAAGCUCCCUUGUGGAACAUCUGGGGAGCCAGAGUGCUCCAUCACCCUAUCAAUACCCCCUCCUAACCCUCCUGUCAUGCCCCAACCUGAGAUCCAUCAUGACCAACCACAAGACCAACUGCUACUCCAGCCUCAACCCCCAUCACAGGCUCAGCUCCAUCCUCAGCCCAUUCACCCCCACUCCCAGUUAUACCCCCAACAGCAGCCGCAUGCAGGCCCCAGCAGCAGAGCAGGAGAGCCCGCUGUGGUACAUUCUCACCGGGGGUCUCCUCUCCACCUGUCAGCUGAUUCUGCUUGCUCUUCCUCAUCUCUGCCAGGGAAGAAUUCCUCCUCGGGAGCCAUUUCUGGAAACACGGGAGAGAAGAGUGAUCCAUGCAGGGAGAAAGGAGAGGGUGGGAUUCACUACAAGAAGAAGCCAAUCAAGAAGACAAAUAGCUGCGGCCCCAGCAUGAGCGGCAGCGGCGCACCGCCUCGGCAGGCAGACAAACAGAAGAUGCAGCCUUCAAUGGAGAACCUCUCCACGGAGGAGAUGGAGGAGUAUACAUUCUCCCUACAAUCAGCACUGACUGGAUCUGGCUCCUGCCCCUCACGACUGUCUGACCGAGCCCGCCUGGCCCUCCGCAUGCUGCCGUCCGAGCUGGGCCUACCGUUGCCGAGGCAACAACAGCCGCAUAGUAGCUGGCGUGGCUCCGUUCGGCAGCUCGGCCUCAUUAUGCCGCUGCUGGCUUUGAUGUGGUUUGUGAGGCUCUACCUGCAUUACUGCAGCCAGUGGCUCUACCUCCAGGCCAUAGCAGUUCCUGUCAACAAAUUCCAGUUUUACGCACACACGGUGGACCUCGUAUACCAGAGUUCUUUGCUCCACACCCGGGAGGAGCUGGCGAUGGUGGUGGUGGGUCCCCUGACCUUGAACGCAGUAAUGUUCCUGCUGGUUCUGAUCAGAUGGGGCUGUCAACAGAUAUUUGGCUCACUCCCUUCCUUCACGUCAAAGUUUAUCAUGGCUCAGGGAGUGUGGACAGUCCUCGACCCCCUGGCAGUCUUUGCAGUGGACGCCGUCCUCGGGCGUCUCGCCUACAGUCCAGACACACCAGUGGGUGACGCAGCCAAGCUUUACUGGCACUUCUAUCGGGCUGACCAAUCAGGUGCAGCGGGAGUGAUCAUCACUCUCUUCCUCUACGCUGUGCUCUUCCUGCUCUCCAUCACCAUCCUCUCCAUUUACGUGCUCAGAUUCCACAAUGGUGGCCGCAUGCUGGAUGUCUUUCAGCGGCUCACAGCCAAGGAGGGUGCAUACUUUCUGCCUCAAGACCUGGAGCUGUCCAAUCAGGAACUGAGCUACAUUGUAAAGAAGGCGGAGCAGUGGAGAGGCUUCAAUGGGGAGAGGCGCAAGGUGGCCGUGUAUGACUAUAUCUGGACAGCGGAAGACCCCUUGGCAGGCCCAGCUGAUCCAAGUGAAUAUCCUAGGGAGGGUGCACCCUUACCAGAGGGAGAGACCAGCACCCAUGUGGCAGUCUACACCCUAUACCUGAGUGGCUUCAAACAAAGAUACAGGCACUUCCUCCGACAACCGGAUGGGACUAUCACCGAGGUGAUUGGUGACAUGGAAGUGGUGGACAAUGCAGCUGGGAUAGUGUCCUGCCAGGGUCGGGGCUCUGUCAAUCAGAGAGAGGACAAGGAAGGUCAAAGUGUUCUACAUCAGCUACGGAAACGGAAGAAACUGUUUGGAAGGUCCCAUCGCGUUGAGCCAAUAGGAGGAAGUGGGUGUGGAUCCAGUUUUGCACUGCAAGACCUCAACCAAUGAUCUCAAAGCAAGUGGGAAGUGAUAAUUGGACCGUGAAGUAAUGUGAGUCAACUGAUCAACUGUCGGGUCUGUUUGACUUAAAGUAAUUGGUAUAUUUCUUAAGUAAUCCAAAUACUGAAGACAGAAAAACUGUUAGUCAGUCAGUACUACUUUUCAACAGCUUUUACUCUGUGGUAAGUAUUUGUGAAGUAGUCCCCGGGUACUAUAGAUUUGAAUGACUUCUUAAAAUAGUCAAAAAUGUAAAAGAUGGAAAGUUGACUCAUCAGAAUAAAGAUGAAAAUCAACAACAUUGGUCUUGCAACCAUCUGCAAGUAAACAUGAAUAGUAAAUGUGAACAUAUUAGAUAUUUGUGCCCUCAUAAACAAUGUUCAGCAACACUUCUAAUGAAUGCAGGUCAUUAGGUGUUCGGCAGUGCCUCAACACAGUGAAAAAUUAAGAUUCUAAAAGUCAGUAAUCAGAACACGAGUGAUAAAAUAUCAAUAUUGGCCUCACAUUAAGCAGGAUAAUAUUCAGGCCAGCUUGAUUUGUAUUGAAUAUGUGUCUGCUAGCCGGUGCUCACUGUAAUGAAGUGGCUCACAAAUCAGGCCAUAAUGGCUGCCUACUUACACAUAUUGCUUAAUUAAAGGUUGUGAGCUUAUUAGCAUGUGUCUCUGGCACAGGGCGCGGGGAGAUGGGAAUCAGGGCUGAUGUCGUUGAGGGGCAGGCUUUAAAGGUUUUAUAGAUAGCUAACCUAUCAUACUAAAGCCAUAGCCCCCCCCCUCCGCCCCCUCCUAAAAUCGUAUCUUAAUAACCUGUCAUUUUCAUUGAUGAUGAUUCUCCUUUAU